AUGCAUGAUCUAACAUCAUCCGCGCAGCCGCUAUACUACAGUGCAUGUUUGACCCGACAAAGACCUGUCGAGUGCGAUCAGACACGGGUGUUGACGUCCAUUACGGACCAAAUGACGGGUCACAGGAUGCCUGGUGCGGUACAAUCCACUGACAUCAUGCACGCACUUAUAGCAGUCACCGUGUCAGCGGAAUUAAGACCGACUCUCUGUGCUCAUACAGCGGCUGGCAGGCAGGCCGGCGGAGGUCGUGGUCGAGCACGUGAAGCUGGGACUAAGAGGAGCGCGGCGAAGAAGCUGAACUUAACGCUGAAAACUUGGCGUCAGCGUCGGGGCUUGGGAUUCGGCGCGAGGGCGAGGGAAUUCAAGACGUACUUCCGGCCUCAGGUGCCUUGGGGCGUCCAGGUGCCGAGUAGCGGAGGGACGGUCGGCACGAUGUUGGGUUCAAGUGGGAAAUGCUGCGCGUGGGCGACGCGCUCGGUGGCCUCGAACCCGGGGUUAUUCCAGUGGACGGCGCGGACGGAGAGGCCGAAGCCAGUGAAGGGACACGGCAACCGGGGGAGGUGGAUGCGUAGGGCGCAGAGGGGUGUAUCGGUUGAGCGCGGGGAGAUGGACGCGUUGAGGGCGGGAGAGAUACUCACCUGA